AUGCGGCACCCGAACAUCAAGCUUUUUUUUGUAUCCAGCCUUCUGCAGAUGGUUUUAAAUGGUUUGGUUGCAGCAACAGGCGAAUCUAAAGGCCCCGAAUUGGCCCCCAAGAAGCAUCGGCGACAAUUGUUGCCGCAGAACCGCAGUCUGAAGCUGCCACCACUGAUCUUGGAACAUGCCAACUUAGAGUCGGUGCCGAAGCAUCUGGAGAAUCUAAUGGAACAGUACAAGGACAAAAAAUAGCCUGCGGCUCUGGAGUUGGGCUAUGCGGAGGAGGAGACGUACUUGGACAAGAGGCAUCUCCUUCUACCGGUGCCGGCCUUUAGCAGUUUUUAUGCCCGCAAUGUCCAGCUAUUGAGUGAACAGCCCGCCAAAUAUGUCAUCGGUUUCAAUGACACCGCCUACACAAUGCGACUGCGCAUUUUGCUCGACAAGCACGCCAUCCAGGGAGCGGGUUUGGUCACCGUUCUGCAGUCCCGCCUGAUGGCCAUUACCGUGGGUGACCAGCUAAUGGUAACUCUUUCCCCGGCGCCAAGCUCGAAACUGCCCGGUUUCAGCAUUAGUCUCUCGAUCGGCCGAUAUAUUCUCAAUAUCCAGCCGAAAUCGAAGCCCAUUGCCAAAGCCCACAGAUUCCGGAAACUGGAUGAACUAUCAUUUCAGUUGAAGCAGAAUCUUUUCCAGCCGAUGAGAUCGCAGCAGCUGACGCAGAUGGCCCAGAACCUGCAGCCAUCGUUGCUGGGACUUCCUGGGGAGCUCUAUCAGGAGAUCUUCGUCGAUCUCAACGAAAAUCAGAUGAAGGUGGUGUCGGAAGUCAAUCGACAGCUCAGCUUUCACAGCAAGCAGCUGAAGAGUCUUAAGGGGGGACGAAAAUGAAGUUUAAUUAAAAUCAAAAUAU